AUGCAACUUGCCAAGGAGUUUUCUAAGGUUAUGCAGGAUGAGUUUGAGAUGAGUAUCAUGGGGGAGUUAAAUUACUUCCUUGGGCUUCAAAUCAAGCAACUUGAUGAAGGAACACUUAUGUGUCAAACCAAAUAUUAUAAUGACUUACUAAAGAGAUUUGGUAUGGAAAAUGCAAAGUCGAUUGACACUCCGAUGCCUACAAAUGGAACUUGGAAAGGAAUGAAAAUGUCGGCUCCUAAGGAAUCUCAUUUAAAAGCCGUAAAACGUAAUCUUAGGUAUCUUCAUGGUACUUCUAAGUAUGGACUUUGGUAUUCUAAGGGAAGCGGUUGUAAUUUGGUUGGAUAUACUGAUUCCGAUUUUGCCGGUUGCAAAUCGGAUAGGAAGAGUAUUAGUGGACCUUGUCACAUGUUUUCAAAUUCCUUAACGCUUAAUAAUCGAGAUGUCCAAGUUGAGAAAGAAAAACCAACCCCUGAAUCCAACCAAGUCUACCUUGAUGGAUGGUUGAAAGAUACUCGAGCUGAGAAAGAAAAAAUCACCUCUAACUCUAACCAAGUUUACCUAGAUGGAUGGUUGAAAGAUACCCGAGUUAAAAAAGAAAAACUCACCCCCGAAUCCAACCAAGUUUACCUUGAUGGAUGGUUGAAAGAUACCCGGGCUGAAAAAACAAAACCUACCCCAAACUCCAACCAAAUUUACCUUGAUGGAUGGUUGAAAGACACUCGAACUGAGAAAGCAAAAUCAGUAUCUAACUCAAACCAAGUUUACCUUGAUGAGUGGCUGAAAGAUACCCGAGCAGAGAAAGAAAAAUUCACCCUUACCUCUAACCAAGUUUACCUUGAUGGAUGGUUGAAAGAUACUUGA